ACAUGUAGCUACUGAUCUAGCCUUCCGACGCCAGAUCUGCAUGGCACACUAGGCCCGAAGUUAUUCCUUGCACUGAGUCAGGAUAACUUGGGCCUACUGUGUAUGGGUCUGGCAUCCAAGCUAGCGCUACUUCCGUUCCGCCCUAUCUUAUAUCCUCAGUGUGCAGAGCUUCUUAGGACCUCUCUUGGCCCCUUUCCUGUUUUUGCCUCAUCUUGAAUUCAUACCUUAACGUUUCCUGGUUGAGUGUCGCCAUGGGUCCCUUGGGAUCAGAUGUACUAUUCAGCGUAUGCGGGUCUUCCCCUACUAUCAUGGACUACCAGACGAGGCAGGAAUGCCCACAGCAUACGGCGUGCCAACAUCGCUAAGACGAAGUUUGUCAACUAACUACAUGCCUGGUGCAGAUUCCAAGCCUAUUACAUCACCGCUACGAGGACAAGAGGCGCCGAAAUGAAAACAGUGCCGCAGCGAACCCGGAUGUGGAUCCUCUUGAUCGUUUUUGUUUUCUUUGUCGCCUACACCGCCCUGUGGACCGCCUCUUCUUCUUAUGAAAAAGUUGGCGCUCUUCGGUCUGAACCCCCAAAGAAGUACAGUUGGUACAUUCCAGCAGCGGACUACCAUCUGGAUUUUAUCAUCAGUCCAGGAGAGAAGUGCAAAGACCCUGACCUUUUCUUAGUUGUCAUGGUAACGUCCAGACAUGCGCACUUCGAAGCAAGGGCGGCCAUCAGGGAGACGUGGGGCAACGCGACGAGGAUCAUGGGAUACAAGCUCGCAACCUUGUUCGUGAUUGGUCGAACCGACGAUCCAAGUUUGCAAAGAACGAUAGUGGAAGAAGGUCGAAGAUACGGUGACAUCGUGCAAAUGGAUUCGUACGAAUCAUACGAAAAUCUAACGCUAAAAACGAUUUCUGCCCUUAAAUGGACAUCAAUGAACUGCAGACAGGCAAAAUUUGUCAUGAAAACAGAUGACGACGUGUUCGUGAACUACCCAAGACUGGUGCGCACUCUAGCGGAUUUCAGACAAACUGCAGAAGAAAAGAACCUCAUGCUCGGGUGCGUCGUAUCGUGGGCGUUUCCCGUGCGAACGCCCGGUAAGAAAUGGUACAUGGACACAGACAUUUUCCCGCGUUGGCUCUAUCCGCCAUAUUGUAUCGGUUCUGGCUACGUCAUGUCUUCUGACGUAGCACACAGGUUGUACAUGACGUCACUCAAAGUGCCCAUUGUUCAGAUAGAAGACGUUUAUCUUGGAAUCUGCGCGGAAAAGGCGGGAAUCAAGCCUCGGAACCACCCAGAGUUCGGCUGCUGGAAAAAUACUGCAUACGCGUACUGCAAGUUCAAAGAACUGUUGACUGCGCAUGGGCUAAAACCACGUGACUUAGCCGAAGCAUGGGCAGACAUGAAGGUCAAAGGAGACAGAAACUGCUCAGUAAAAGAGAGCCUAUUGGAGAAGUUUCACGAUCUUUUCUGAUACUGUGCAUCGCAAAGGGGUGGUCGCCUUUACAAGGCUUCGGGAAGCGGCUGGAAAGAGUAGAAAUUGGCCAAAUAAACAGAUGAUAUACCAAGGGAGUUGGCUCGCGCUAUGCCAUCGCUUGGUCUAUUUAGCCAAUUUCUAGCCGCUUCCUGAAGAGUGGUAGAGGCUGGAGGGUUGUACUAUUGUAUGUUUUACAUUAGGCAUACAAGAAGAUUGGGCUCAAAUGUAAAAGGCACAGUUCCAAUAGUAUUAAUAGUAUCAUUCGGUCAAUUGAUAGUGACCACCAUUGUAAAAUCCGACUUGAUAUCAGCCUUACAAUUAGCCACAUUUGGCACAUCUCUAAGCGGACUCUGGCCUGUUGCAGAGUUCCUUUCUCCGGAUCCACUUCUCAAAUUGCAAUAGUAUAGCUUUAGACACACGAUGUAGUGCCUUUAAUACAGCGUGACAUUUGUGAGUGCAAUAUAUUUUGGGAGAUAGAAUGAAAAAUAUGCUCCCAUAUAUAUUAAGGGCUAGCUUAGACUCCGGGCGAUGGACGGUAUAGACUUCCGGUUACCCUUGACCCAACACUGACGUCAUGGUUAAAAAUGUGACGUAUGUAAGACGUAAGUGGUUCAUGUGCCCGGUGGAGACCAAUGGAAAAAUCGGAAAUUCGUAAACUGAGUUUUUGGUGUUCGUUUCAGAGUUCAAGAAUUGUGCAUUAUAAACUUAGUACCUACAUCCCUUGCUGGGAGUGAGUUAUAGUUUAGGUAAAUAAAAAUUUGUAUCACAGAUUUAGUUGUAAUUGCAAUAAAUUAAAUACCUCAUUAUAGGCAGCUAAUGAUAAACAUGAAAUCAGAGACAGUAAGUGCAAUGUAGUAACAGACAGUAUUCCUUCUGCGAAGUAACAAUGACUUCUCAAUAUCCAUAGGUAUAGCUUUUGUUAUCCUUAAAAAAACUAAAUUAAAUGCUUC